AUGGCAACGCAUGCGCUCCUCAACUCUCUGAAGGCCAACAAAACGGCGUUCGGAGUUUGGCUGACCCUUCCAGGACUCUUCCAUGCUCGUACCGUCGCGCAGGCCAGCCCCAAUAUAUCAUGGAUCUGCAUCGAUAGUGAACAUGGGCUUGUGCCUCUUGUCCCCUCUGCUGCAGAGACGGUAGCUUCAAUCCACGGAGCCGUCGGUGGCACCGCAGGACCAAGUGCCAUUGUGCGCAUUCCCGCGACUGGCGCAUCAGACAGUACGAGCUGGCAAAUCAAGUACGCUCUAGACGCUGGCGCUAGAGGCGUUAUCGUCCCCAUGGUUUCUACUGCCGAAAAAGCGAGGGAAGUGGCCUCCGAUUGCCGCUUCCCUCCUAUCGGAAGGCGUGGAUUUGGAAGUCCAUUUACCCAAGGGAACUGGGGCCUCAGCACCGCAGACUAUCUGACAUUUGCGAACGAUAGUGUCGUGGUCAUGGUUCAAAUCGAGACUCCGGAGGCGGUUAAGAACGUAAAGGAGAUUGCAGGCGUUGACGGGAUUGGUGAAUACGAAUUGUUGGACCUUCUAGCUUCAAUCACUGACUCAGUAAUAGAUGUAUUGUUCAUUGGCCCAUAUGACCUAUCCAUUUCACUCGGCUAUCCUCCCCCAUCACCUGACCCUCACCCAGAAGUCGAGAAAAUCAUCCAGCAAAUCCUACAUAGUGCCCACGAUGCUGGGAAGAAGUGGUGUGUACGGAGAUACCUGGGUCGUAUAAACCUGCUCAUCUAUCGCACGAAGCGCAAUAUUCUGUAUUUCUGGUUCUCAGUCGGCCCGCAGAGCCGCUGA